GGAUGAGGUGAGGCAAAACAAGUCCCAUCUGCUGGGCGCCAUUUCAGGGCUUUGGUCCCUAGGCCAAUCAGACUUUGUCCUGACCGUGGCGCCCCCAUCGCGAAAGGUAUAGCGUCGAUGUCGUGAUCAGUCUCAGUUGCAACUCAUAGUCGUUAAUCCUCAUGGCGGCGAUUGCGCAAUUGCAGCUCCCCAUCUUUUUCCACGUCCUGGGCUCGUCACAGGCAGAAUACUCUCGGGUUCGGACGAUGUCCUUGCACAUUACUAAGGACGCCCUUGGUCGGGGGCACAGCGGGCGGUCGCCCGGACAUAGCUUGUAAACCCCAUACAACUCAGCUCGUCUCUCCCUCUCCCUCUCCCUCUCUCGACUUAACUUAAGAAUUUGACUGUCCUCAUUCAUUGUCGUGUUCGUCAUCUCGUCUUUCCAGUGCUUUGAAAUCCUGCUCUAUAAUCAAAUCAGCACACUAUCUGCGUCAUCAACUCGGCUAGAGCCCUCUUGACUCUACCUUACCUUUGGCUGCCUAUUAGAUAUAACUGGGAUACAAUCUUCACCUAUCCCAGCUUUCAACAAGUCUCAAGUAGCAGCUCAUCUUUGAAACACCAUCACCACGUCCUUCAACAUGCCUGCCUUCAUCUCCCAAACAUCCUCGCAGGUGUCACUCACCGACAUCAAGCUUGAGUGCGAGUCAGGCUAUGUCUCUGGACAAAACUCAGAAUACUCAUCACCAUCAUCAUCAACCACUCUGCCCCAGGUCUCUCUCACCAAGGCCCACAUCAACCACCUCAACAACAUGCUCGAGGAUAUGCACCCCAUGGACAUCCUCCGAUUCUGCAAGGUCAUGUUCCCUAACCUGUACCAAUCGACUGCUUUUGGCUUGACCGGUCUCGCAACCAUGGACAUGCUCUCUAAGAUCCAGAAGGAGCACCCCAACUCUCCCACUGUCGACCUCAUCUUCCUGGAUACCUUGUACCACUUCAAGGAGACAUACGACCUUGUCGACCGAGUGAAGGAGCGAUACCCCAACGUCCCUGUCCACAUCUUCAAGCCCGAUGGCGUCAACACUACCGAAGAGUUCGAGGACAUGUACGGAAAGGAGAUGUGGAACACCGCCAGUGAGAUGUAUGACUGGAUCGCCAAGGUUGAGCCUCUCCAGCGAGCCUAUGAUGAGCUCAAGGUUGCUGCCGUACUCAACGGUCGUCGAAGAUCUCAGGGUGCUGCCCGUGGUUCCAUCCCCAUCAUCGAAGUUGACGAUGAGCGUGGUGUUGUCAAGAUCAACCCCCUGGCCACAUGGUCCUUCAAGCAAGUCAACAACUACAUCAGGGAGAACAAUGUUCCCUACAACGCUCUCCUCGACCAAGGCUACAAGUCCAUCGGCGACUGGCACUCUACUGCCCCCGUCAAGGAGGGUGAAGACGAGCGAGCCGGACGAUGGAAGGGCCAAGACAAGACCGAGUGUGGCAUCCACAACAAGAAGUCUCGAUACGCUGAGUUCGUUGCUAUGAUGGAGCGCAAGCAACAAGAGGAGAAGCUUGCUGCUGCUCUCGAGAAAGUGGCUCUGCCCACCGUAUGAGUGCACUUGCACCCAGGCAACCACUUAUCUUUGAUGACUUAAUGAUUGAGGCAUUAUGCGAGGCGUUUAAGGAGAUAAACUGGCUCAGCAGUUAUCGUGACUGAGCCGAAUGAAGCUUUUGGCAUUUCGGGAAAUCAUUGAAUGGCGUUAGGAAAAAUACAGGAAGCAGGGUGCAACGGAGGAAUAGCAAGCACAUGGCUAAAGAUAGAUCUGUCGCAGGCUGUAGACAGAACAACAAAUGAAAGAAUCAACCAACCCUCGCAAAAAUGCGUCUUUGAUAGUGAGAUCUGCGAUGUCAGUUAUGAGAAAUGAGGUCAAAUGUCAAUGGUAAUCAGGAUCACGAGGUUGGAGCCACAAUGAUAAGCUACCCCGCGUCAAGACAUGAGUUUUCAAGCUAACAAAGCAU